AUGCAGGAGGAUGCUGCCGAGUUGCCUUCAUCUGUAUCUCCAGCCCUCACCUUUGAGGUUUUGGCUGCACAAGGACGAGCCAGGGCUUCGAGGAUGACCCUUCCUCAUUUUGCAGCUGAGACGCCCAUGUUCAUGCCAGUGGGCACCAAAGGCACAGUUAAGGGCCUAACCAGCCAGCAGCUUGUGGACCUAAACUGUCAUGUGAUCCUGGGCAACACAUACCACCUGGAGGAGCGCCCUGGAUCAGAACUCGUCAGUGAACUGGGCGGCCUGCACAAGUUCAUGGACUGGCCCAGAGGAAUGCUCACCGACUCUGGCGGGUUCCAGAUGGUGUCCCUGCUUCAUUUGGCCGAGAUCACCGAGGAGGGAGUCCAAUUCCAGUCGCCAGUGGAUGGCUCUCUGAUGAUGCUGACACCAGAGCGCUCCAUCGCCAUCCAGAACAAGCUAGGAGCUGACAUUAUCAUGGCGCUCGAUGAUGUGGUUUCCAGUGUCAACCCAUCGCGUGAGAGGUUUACAGAAGCAACACACCGAACAACGAGGUGGAUUGAUCGGUGCAUAAAGGCCCAUGCACGACCGCAUGAGCAGAACCUGUUCGCCAUUGUGCAAGGCGGCCUGGAUGAGCACCUGCGAGCCAUCAGCAUCAAGGACCUGUCGGAGAGGAACCUGCCAGGAUAUGCAGUUGGUGGCCUGGCUGGUGGGGAGUCCAAAGAUGACUUUUGGAGGGUCGUGGCUCAGUGCACGGCUCCUGGGACAGGCCUGCCUCCAGACAAGCCCAGAUAUGUCAUGGGUGUUGGCUACCCUCUGGAUAUUGUCAUUUCUCUCGGAGCGGACAUGUUUGACAGUGUGUAUCCCACACGGACCGCUCGGUUUGGUGUGGCCUUGGUCCCAUCAGGAGUCCUCAAACUCAAGAAUGUGGGCUUCACAGAAGACUUCAGGCCGUUGGACAAAGACUGCCCGUGCAUGACCUGCAAGAAGUACACUCGUGCCCUCCUGCACAAUCUGGUGGCAAAAGGCAUCCCAUUUGCAGCCAUGCUUGUGAGUCUGCACAAUGUUGCAUACACGCAGCGGCUGACACAGCAGAUUCGUGACGCCAUUCGUCAGCAGCGCUUUCCAGAGUUUGUGCAAGAGUUUGUCAGAGGUCACUUUCCUGCUGGUACCGAGGUGCCCCAGUGGGUAUUUGAUGCACUGGCAGAGUGUGGCAUUUCACUUCCCUGA